AUGGAAAGUCCAGAGAGGCCUCCAGGGGCCACUGGAGAUCCAGAAAUCAUAGGACCUGGAUCUGGGGUUGAUUCAUCGACACCCUCCCAGGAACCGUCACAGCUACCUCCAACUACCCGUGCACUGUUUGCAGGACUUGGAGACUGUCAGAAACAGUCCAAUGAACCUACUUUGAGCAACAGCGACGCUCUACAAGCGCCACGACAGACUGGAGAAGCCCAACAAGCCCCAGGAACGAUCCUCGAGAAAAGGAAGGCCUCAAGGCUGACUAUAGGAUCUCGGACUCCUAUAACUAGGUCUGGAUUGAGCGCGGCUCCGAAGAGGAAGAUUACACUUACCGCAAUGCGUGCAGCGAGUGCUACUGCAGAGGAUAGCCUCGUGAUGGGCCUGAUCGAGGACCUCAACGGCCAUCUGCAAGAGGCGGUCCACCAGCUCUCCGCGGAGCUGACGACUGCCAGAAACGUGAUCAAUACCCAACAGGGCCUCAUUACUACUCUCAACGCUAGGCUAGAGAGCCUUGAAACUUACGUGAACGCGCUACAAAGCCGUCAAAUCCUACCACUCGACCCCUUCGCUGCAACGCGUGAGGUUGCGGCGCACGGGCCACCGCCAAGACCCGCUUCCACGGGAGGUUUAGCGUCCACCCCAAUACAGCUAGAUGCCGCGCCUGAGAGCCGCGCGAUAAACUCAACCGCACCUCAGCCUCCACCGCGAUAUCAGAAUCCAACAAAGGCUACGAAGCAAGCCAUACAGCCACCUGAGGGCCCUAAAAAGGUACCUGGAACCGCCGCGAAGACCACUAAACAGCCCGAAACUACCGCUAAGCCACUGACCAAGCCCGCACCUACGAAAUGGGCCGCUAUUGCCGCGAAUAACACCCAGUCUGGAGGAUGGAAAACCGUCCAGUAUAAGAAACAGGCCUUGGCACCCUCGAAGGCUCUGUCAACAACUAAUUUGAAGCCCGUAAGUACCCGGAGUAAGGAGGAGAGGCGCCUAAUCUUUAGACGACGAUAUCCUAAAGAUGCUCCUACCGCAUUGAAAGCCGAUAUCCUCUUAGCCCUUAACCGUGCCCUUGCUAAGGCAGGUUUUCCUGACUUUGUAAGAGCGGUCGAUUCUGGAUACGCGGCCUCAGGGGCCUUAACAGUGCUCCUAGAGCGAGGCACUCGCAGCAGCACCCUCGUGCCCGUCUACAACGAUACUCUACUAGCCGCUGUAAGGCAAACAGAUCCAGCAGUUAUUUCCGUGGAGAUUAGCGAACAGUGGCACCGUGUUAAGGUACAGGCAGUGCCUGUGGACCGCUACAUGUAUAAUGACCAAGGCCUAGCACUAGCCCAAGAAGAGAUUGAGCUGGGAACACCAUAUAGGCUUAAACGAGAGCCAACGUGGCUCAAGAGAGCCAAGACUAUACAGGCUAGCAACCAGAGAUUUGCCACGAUUGUGAUCACAGUAGGUUCUUUGGAGGAAGCUCGAACACUGAUCAAUAAAGGCAUCAAGUUUGGAGGCCGACACCAUCGAGUAGCACCUUAUUGGGAGUCAAAUCCUGAGAGUAUCUGCCCUCGAUGCUGCGGAAUUGGCCACUCUGGCUUCAUGGCUUGUGGUGGCAGGUCUCCUAAAUGCGCGAUCUGCGCAGGUGAUCAUGAGGCAAUAGAGCACUCAUGUACAGUAGUGGAUUGUAGGGUUGGGCCAGCUAAACCUUGCAAACACACAGUGAUCAAGUGCGCCAACUGCAAAGGUGCACACGAGGCUACAUCUCCUAAGUGCCCUAAAGCUAGGGAGGCUCGUCAAAGGGCUAUCCGGAGAAUGAGGGAACAAUCCUUACAAGACCUCAUCCCAUUAGAUGAGACAUUCGCGGUAGUGCCUCCAAAACCGGUACUGACCUUGGAGGAGAGACCUGGACAGUCUCUAGAGGAGGAGACGUCAACUCCAGAAGAAGAUGAAUUGCUGCCUGAGAUGCAAUUAGAGACUGAUAUUCACGAGGGAAAUAGCCAACAACCACUAGAGCCAGAGCUCAAGUCAGCCACUGAAGCGCCUCAAAGCGCUGUAGUACAUACAGCCCUAGAAGUGGCACUACAGGCUGGUGCCGGGAUAGCCUGUCUCCAGGAACCCCCAGUACGUGGAAAAUACCAGAUAAGCCAUCCUGGCUUCCUGUUCUACUGGCCUGAGGGUCCUCGAGAACAUGCUCGAGUAGUGACAGCGAUUCGGAGAGAUUUAGUGAGAGAAUUAGUGGUGGAGGCGCGUACAGAUCUAGCUAACCAUCCAUAUUUUAUGGUGGUUGACGUGCUAGAACAGGGGAGGCGUACGAGGAUAGUGAACUGCUAUGACAACUGGUUAGGUGCACGUCAUACAUACUCAGGAGAGAGCCUACUUACAAGAAGAGCCCUCACGGAUCUUGAUUGGGGACCAAUUUUAGAGGGUCGAUGCCUCAUUCUUGGAGACUUCAACGCCCACAGCCCGAUGUGGAAUGUCCAUAUCGACCAGAGGGUUAACGCAAGAUCCCUCGAGGAUCUAAUAAUGAGGCAUGACCUCUUUAUUAAUAACGACCCUGACGAGCCAACAAGGCCUCAUAAGCUUAGAGAUUCUACAGCAUCAUUUGAAACAUCUACUGAGCCUAGGGUCUCAAUUAUUGAUCUCACAAUCAGUAGUCAAGCCCUUGGCCCUCUAUCUGGAUGGGAAAUCGAAAGCCAGAGGCUCACGCCAUCAGAUCAUGUUAUGAUCUGGGCUAGCUGGGAACCUCCAGCAACUACGAGUACAGAGCCCACAAGGAAAGAAGUCACAGGGUGGCAGAUAGAGGCUCUACUAGGAGACAAAAAGGCUCUGCAGGAGGCAAAAGACACCUGGAACGAACUAGCAAGGACUCAACCAAUACUAACAGACACAACCUCAACAGAGGAAGUGGAACGUGAAGCCGAGUGGAUCGAGAGAACAUUGACAGAGGUCCUGAACAAGCACUGCAAACAGAUUAGGCUUUGUGCUCGAUCUAAGCGGUGGUGGAACAGUGAGAUUGAGGCAGAACGAAGCGUGUAUUCCAAGGCUUGUAAGGCCUACCAAGCGGGUGAGAUUAGCGACGAGGAGCAUCGAGAAGCACGUAAGGGCUUCUAUUCACUGAUCAGGAGAGCUAAAAGAGAGUGCUGGGAGGGUUUCCUUCAGGGCACGUCUGAGGGCUCUCUGCCAGAUCAGAAACGGUGCUGGACAGCCUUACGCUAUACUAAACCACAAACACAAGGCACCACACCAGCCCUCACCAAUGAGGCCUCAGGGGAGGUGAUUGCAGCCACCUUUAGCGAGAAGGAGGAGGUUUUUAGACACCGUGCUUUUCCACAGGCUCCAAACAGUAACAUGGAGUUACAGCUUCCUGAGCGAGGAUCGGCCCACAAGCUGGUUAACGAGGAAGUUGUCAAGAAUGCCCUCUUUAGCCAGGGACUAGAGAAAGCUCCAGGUACAGAUUUACUGAACUUCAGGGCUAUCAGGCUCUUAUGGAAUCUAGACUCAGAGCGUGUGGUUAGCCUGACUAGGCAGUGCCUUAGGCUUGGGAUACAUCCACGUGUCUGGAAAACAGCCAAGGGAGUUCUACUGAGAAAGAACGGUAAAACCAACUACACACUGGCUAGUGCGUAUCGAGUGAUAAGCCUAUUGAAGUGCCUAGGCAAGGUAAUUGAGAAGCUCGUAGCAGAGUUAAUUACAAACUUUGCAGAGGCUCAAGACCUCUUCCAUGAUGGUCAAUUUGGAGGCCGUCGGCAACGCAGUGCAAUUGAUGCUGUGGCAUGUCUAGUUGAGGAGAUCCAUCAAGCUUGGGCAAAUGGGAAGCUGGCUGCAGCUCUAUUUAUGGAUAUUGAGGGGGCCUUUGACCAUGUCAUCCUAGCAAAACUGGUAGAGGUGCUCAGAGAGGCUAGCGUGGAUGGAGAUCUUAUACAUUGGGUGAUCUCAUUUCUAUCUGACCGGCGAGUCACUCUUGUGAUUGAUGGACACGUGGGAAAGGAAGUACCGAUAAGCUCUGGGUUACCUCAGGGCUCUCCGGUGUCACCCAUUCUCUUUGUUCUAUACGUUCAUGGGCUAUCAAGAGCCAUUGAGAGGAGUGUGCCGGAGGUUCGAUGUCUAUCCUUUGUGGACGACCAAGGCCUAGUAACAGCCGCAAGCUCAGUGAAGGAGGCUUGUAGGAUCCUUGAGAAAGCCGCGGAAGUAGCCAUCGAGUGGGGGGUGGCUAACGGGGUACAAUUUGAUCGCAAAAAGACUGAGGCCGCUUUCUUUUAUAGACGACACAGACGUCAAGUGGCCCAAAACGUAUCUCGAGCCCGGAUCAGGGUUGGAGGCGAGUUGGCAACUGUCAAAUCUACAGUACGGUGGCUAGGGAUACUCCUAGAUAACCAACUUACAUGGAAGAGCCACUACAACGCUCGAAUUAAGACAGCAAGAAAUACGAUAAUCAGCAUUAGUGAGGCGCAUACAGAAGGCUACAGUGCAAGCCCAAUUGCUAUGGGGUGCCGAGAUAUGGUGGCAAGGCCAGAAAACAUGGGCACAAAGAUCCAGAUUCUGAUCAAUAAGCAAGCCAGAGGUAUUACGGGCAUGUUCCCAAAAACCCCAAUCGGAGCCCUAAUCAGAGAGGCAGCGUUAGAGCCAGCGACAGUCUUACUGGACGCUAGACGCAGAUACUUCCAGUCACCCUCAGACAUGGUGACCUUCACGCACAACCUGAGAGCACCACUGGACGACCGGGAAUGGGCCUCUAGAGACAACAAGGCUUGCAAAGCACUUGCUCAACGGUUGAACAGAGACCCCUCUGGAGGAAUUGAGAGAACUGAACAAUGCGAGCUCCAAGGCUUCCCAGGCUCGAUCCGAGUACUUGACAAGGAAGAGGCCCUAACAGAGGCUAAUCAACAGCGUGCUAGAACAACGUUUUGGUCCGAUGGCUCCAGACUCGAUACAGGACGUGCAGGAGCCGGUGUCACUUUACAGGCUGUACCUGAAGGCCCCUGGGAACACGUAGAAGUGCCAAUGGGCCACGGACACGAGGUCUUUGACGCAGAACUAGUGGGAGUAGCCACAGCCCUUGAAUGGGCACUGGAGAGGCAACCUCUUGGUCCUAUCUGGGUGUUACUUGACGCACAGAAUGCUAUUGAUCGCCUCAGAUCGACAAGGCCAGGCCCUGGGCAAGCCCUUGUUCUUAGGGCUCACAGGGCAGCUGAGAAACUAGCCUUGAGAGGCCAACCAGUCACAAUACAAUGGGUCCCAGGCCACUCAGGGAUUGAAGGGAAUGAGCAGGCUGAUCAAGCUGCUAAACGUGCAGCUAGUAAACAAACCGCGCCUGGUUUUGAGCACCUAUCUUUAGCGCACGUUAGAAGGGCUUGCACGGAAGCAAGGAGAGCCGCAGUAUCUGAAUGGGCUCAAAUCAAUGCUGUACAAGGCAGGCAUAGAGAUGGACGUGUCUACAAGAUGCCUCGAGGUUGGAACCUUGACCCAGUGGCAGGAAAAGCUCCGAAAAGAUUGGCUAGUCGAUACUACCAGUUAAAGACAGGACAUGCUCCAAUUGGUACCUAUCUAUACCGGAUAGGCCAACGGGAAUCACCUGAGUGUCAGGCCUGCAAGGAACCUCAUGAGACAGUAAGGCAUGUACUCUUUGAGUGCCGUGGACGUCGUGCAGGACGAAGAACUCUCUAUCAAGCCCUCAAAAAAGCAGGCGUGCCACUGCCUACAGCGGCUGAGGAAAACCCCGAGGCUAGGCUAUUUGCUGAGCCUAGAGCGACGCAGGGUUUGCUGCAAUUCGUGGCUGAAGCCAACCUAUUCAAUGAUAAGGAGCGGACAGCCAGAGAGGCUGAGUCUAGUGAUGCGUGGGGGUGGGAUACGUUGGAGGAAGGUGGCCUAGGUGUCACAUUGGAGGAUGAAUAG